AUGUUUUAUAUAUUUACAUUAAUUGCCUACUCUUAUUCAUACAUCAUUUAUGUGAAUGAGACUUAUUAAUUACCAUUAACUCAAUUGUUUGGAUAUCUAGAAAAUCCUACUUAUACAAUUGUAGAUACUAAUUCAUAUGCUACAAUUAUACCCUAAUAUCAUCUAUAUACAGAUACACAGAAACAUAACUAAAGUAAUAUAAACUGAUUAUCAUUAUUAGAUGCAGAUGUCAUCAUUAGUGUUAAAGCAUAACAUUAAUUUGGACAUUGGACUAAUCACUUCCUUUUCUUAGAAAACAAUAAAGGAACAUUUAAUGUACAUUACUCAGAAAAGUAUUUAUAUCUCUAAUUCUCUUUAGUCCUCAAGAAGAAAAUGUUGCUACACCUAAAUUUAAUGAACAUUUAUAAGUUACCAAUAAAAAUAAUAUGAUUUGUUUCGAUGCAGAAUAAUUUGAUUCUACUCAUUAUAUUGUGGAUUGUGCUCUUUAAAUUACAGAUUAACCAUUAUAAAAUGAACUCUAUGUAGUUGCCAAAGAUUAAAGUUUUCAAUAAUAUUAAGUAACCAAUCCCCUUGGAUAUAAAACAAUGAGGAAAAGAAAAAUUACUUUAUUAUUUCAAGAUGAAUAAUAUUACUUAUUUUAAGGAUCUUUGUUAUAAUCCGAUUCUAUCAUUUAAAUUUAUAAAAUUAUAACUCCAGCCAUUACUUUUGAAGAAUAAUCAGUUGAAAUAAGCACUAACAGUUUAAAGACUCUUUACAAAGAUUAAUUAGAAGAUAAUUAUAAAUUUUACUUAAUUGAUUAUAAAUUAGUUUAUAAUCAAAUUUUCAUUUUAGAUAAUCUAUUUGUGGCAGCUAUGAGUUUUGAUAAAUAUGGAGAUUGGUCUUCUACCUUUUUUAUUAAAUUGUAUGGUAAUAUUAUAGCCUUUGAUUAUGUUUAUUUUGUAGAUGACAAUGGAAAUAAACUUAGUAUACUUGUAAUUCUUAAAGAUACCACAUUUGAUUUAUAUUUAAAUUCUUAAGGUUUAACUACAUAUUAAUUGUCUAAAAAAAUAUCAUAAAACUCUUAAGUAAAAAUAUCUGAUCAUUAUAUAAUAAUUGAAGAUGAAAAUACUGUUUAUUAGUAUUCAAUUUAUAAUAAGAUAUUAAUUAANAUUUGA